AAAUAAGAGACGUGAGGAUGCAGCUCUCUUGCUGGAGAAAGGAUAAUGAGAGAGCCAGGUGUCAUCAAUCAACAGAUGACAAGUUGCUCUCUAAUAAAAGCAGCUGUGUGAACACCAACCCAAAGCACUUGUCUCAUCUCGGAACAGACACCACAAGAUUUUUAAAGCACAGUUUUUGUCACUCUCUCUGACCGAAGCACUUGAAGAUGUCUGGCCGUGGAAAGAAAGUACCCUCCAAGCCAAAAUCAACAAUUUCCAGGUCCAAGAGGGCAGGGCUCGCCUUCCCAGUAGGCCGCAUCCACAGGUUGCUCAAGAAGGGCAAGUACGCAGAACGAAUAGGCAGUGGCGCUGCCGUUUAUUUCGCCGGUGUGCUGGAGUACCUCUGCGCCGAAGUGCUAGAGCUCGCGGGCAACGCCAGCCGAGACAAUAAGAAACAACGCAUCGCUCCUCGUCACAUCUUGUUGGCGGUGAAAAACGACGAGGAGCUCAACAAUCUGCUGGCCGGGGUCACUAUUUCGGAGGGUGGCGUGAUCCCUAAUAUCCAGGCGGUGCUCCUACCCAAGAAGACAAAGGUCACUCGAGAUGACUCUGUUGCCAAAGAUGUUCAGUCCCAAGAGUUUUAAUAUUUGAGUACAAUAAAGUGUUUUAAUGUA